AUGAAUUCAAGCUCGGCAGGCGUGGCGUCAGAGUCUGCUGUGUUUGAGGACAGAGUUGCCUUGGAUAAGCUAUCUAGCCUAGUGUCGGGCCUUAUUGACAAGCUGAACAGGACCCCGGCACCGCCGGAUGCAUCUACGGACACCAGGAAUGACUUUAGUGGUUUUCAUGCCCUCUCGUCAUCUAAAGACGAGGCGGGGGUUGCCCCUGCUAGCCAGCCAGACCCUCUUGAUGGGUUAGACCACCUCACUCGUGACGAUGAUGUAGAUGAAGAUUUUCCGAGGGCUUUGGGUGACCUUUCUGGCCACUUCCAUGGCGAGGAGGAGAAGGGAGAGCCGCUCGCCGACAGCUUGGCCACUAUCCUCAACGCUAGCCUUCGCCAUCAGCCUGUGUCUGAAAGUGUAAAGUUAACGUGUGCAAAGAUUAAGCUCCCGAGUAAUGUGCCGAACCUCACGAUGCCUGUGACAAACGCAGCUAUAACCAAGGCCAUGAGUGUGAAUGGAUGUCUGGUAGAUGCCAAGCUUUUCCAGACUAACUGCCUGUUGACAAAGGCAAUAGUUCCCAUUGCUGUGUGUGUUAAUGAUAUUGGACAGAAGAAAGAUCCACAAGGUAGGUUGGUUGGGCCGGCCGUCUCUCCGCCCUUCCUCCAAGACGUCUGGCAAGAGGUUUUCUUCCUCUUCACGGUCAUCACACCGUCCCUCUCAGGCUCAUUACCAGUCCCGCCCUCGUUCUCAGACCCGGCCUUUUUUCGGCCAGCAGCCUCCCCAGGGGAAGGGGAUGCACGGGCCGAAACUACACCAGCACUAAUCCCUCUGGAAUGUGAGAACCUGGCUGGACCUUGCUAUGUUUUCAAGAAUCAUUUUGCUCCUGGCUUUGUCUUUCAACUGGAAAAUGGAGAUAUUGACAAACUCAUCAAGUCUGUGAUGAUUUUGAUUGAUGUAUUUCUGAAGGAGAAGGUGGCCCACAAUAUGUUUAUUACCAGAGGAACCCCUCUAUUGUCUGCCUGCUAUUCUGAAGAUACAUAUAGUACUGUAAGAGUGAUGCUCUGGGCACGGGAUUUUAUGGCUGGAGCGAAGGAUGUGGACUUGUUGAACACUGCUGCUUGUGAACUGGCAGGUCACGUCCCUGUUUAUUCACUGAAAGACUGGGAUACACUCUCAGAAAAAGAAGUGUUACCCCUCUUCACCUCAGUGUGUAAGGACAAGUAUGAGACAGUGUUGCCUAAAGUCAUCAGUGCAUUCCAGUGAGAAAAUUAAGAUAUCCUGACAUCUUCAAGAUGCCAGAAGACCUAGACUGAAGUACUCCACUGUCUUCGAGGGUCUGAUCAACCACAAGAUGAUUGGAAGAGAAUUUGUUAAUGCAUAAUAUCAUGACACUGAAUUCCUUAAUAUUUUUUUAUAUUUCCUUUUAUUUACUUAUCCAUUUUGUGUAACUAUCAUCUGCUCCUUAGUGGAUUCAUUUUAGCUUACUGACACCUUAAAAAAUUACAAGUAAUAAUUUAUCUAAUCCCAACCAUUUCAAGAAAGAACAUAAGAAACAUGUAUUUUUAAAUCACAAUGGUGUUAUAUUAGUCCUACCAGGAGGUAGUAGACACCUAUCGAAACGAUGAUUUACUCCCAGCGAGUUCUAAUAGCACUAGCUCACAGGGUGCUGUGAACCUUCCAUUAAAGUUAGUUGUGAUCUCGCUCAACAUUUCCCUUUGUGUCUCAAACCUCAAGGGGGCAGUCACAGCUUGCCCUCUAAAACCGACACGCCUUCUUCACACAAAACUGCAUGCACUUACUACACAUGCACCCUUCAUUUGAAAAUCAAAGUUAAAAAAAUGGUGACUCCAAACCCAGCCUCAGAGUCCCCUUCUGGGGAGGGAACCACUAAUAUCCCCAGGUCAGAUUCCUCUCUUAGUAAUGACACCUCCCUCAACUUGUGUAUAAUACAUUAACUUCUACAACAUUUGUGGUCUUAGAUCUAAUUUUCAGUCCGUAAAACACCACCUCUCCUCUACUAAAUCUCAUCUUCUUUUUCUCACCGAAACACAGCUGUCUUGAAGUAAUUGAUAGUAACCCCUUCUCUGUUCCCUCCUACUUUCUCUAUUUUAAUUUUCGUUCCAAAGCUGGAUGCUGCGUCUUUAUACACAACGACUUAACUUGUUCUCGUGGCCAUGCUCUUGGAUCUUCUGAAUUUUCCACCAUCUGGUUUCGACUCAACACUCACUCUCUAACUAAAUUCAUCUAUGCUAUCUAUCUUUCCCCUAACUCUUCUGACAAUAGUAAAUUCUUCGACUGUUUAGCUUCCAAAGUGGAGCAUAUUCUGUCCUACCCUUUCGCAGAUAUUUCCAUUCUUGGAGAUUUCAAUGUUCACCACCAGCUUUGGCUUUCCCCUCCCUUCACUGACUAUUUCAACUUCACUAUAAUCCAUGGCCUAGAGCAACUGGUGCAACCCCUUACUCAUUUUUCUGACCGUCUUGGAGACAUGCCGAACAUUCUUGAUCUCUUCCUCACCUCUAAUCCUUCUGCUUAUGCUGUCAUCCUUUCAUCUCCUUUGGGCUCCUCUGAUCACAAUCUCAUUCCUGUAUCUUGUCCUAUUUCUUCAAUCUCUCUUCAGGAUCCCCUAAGCCGGAGGUGCCUCUAGCGUUUUGCCUCUGCCAGUUGGGGGGACCUGAAGAGGUAUUAUGCUGAUUUUCCCAGGAAUGAUAAUUAUUUCUGUCAGAGACCCAUCUCUUUGUGCUGAACGCAUAACAGAGGUGAUAAAUGU